AUGAUAAUCUUACUAACUCCAGUUUCCAAACAUAGCAGAGCUGCCAGAAGAGGCGAGAUCAGUACCGAUGGAGAGGCCAAACUGUUGGAACGCAUCGCCAAAUCAGAGAACAACGACGUCAAAAAGUCCAUCAUCCGUACAACUAUCAAGAAUGAGAACCUCUUAGCACGUAAAAUGGAGUUGGAUAAAGUGAAAAAAAGAGGAAACAAGAAAAAUAAUAAUGCCAUCAAGCACAAAAAUGACAGAGGAAUUAAAGUGGAAGGAGUGUUGGCAACCAAGAUCCAGCAGAGCAUAGAAAGAGCCAGAUUUGUGCAGAAUGCAAGAAAGUCUGGAUGGGAACAAAUCAACAAAUCUAUUGAUAUCAGUGCAAAGGUUGAACAAUUUGACAAACCAGAGAAAACUCAGGCCCAAAUCGAGAAGGAAGAAGAAGACGAAUAUGUGAAGCAGUUCUAUACUGACGCGGGCAACAAGGAAGUGGAGGAAAAGAAGAAAGAAGAGAAGGUGAAUGCUUCUAAGGGUAAUGUAUUUGCUCUUUUGGAAGAGACGGAGGCUUGA